GGAUGUUAGCCUGGACUGCAAGGGGUCCCCAGAAGAGGCUGAGGCUCGGGCCUGGACUGUGUACUACUAUGGUCUCCUUCAGAGCUGUCUGCAGCAAGCUGGCCUUCCUGAGACCCAGGACCGCAGCCAGGCACCUCGUACAGGUGCCUCCGGGCUCCACAAGGGGGUCUCCCAGAGACAGGGAGGGACCUUCAGUCCAGUUGCUUCCCUGUCUGUUCAGGCUGUCUCCCCCAGGCUCUGGUUCUGUCUAAAGGCAAAAUCAGAGGGCCUAAGGCAGGCAGGUAUUGUCUCCAAGGACAUCCGGUCAGGGCUCCCCACCACGUCCCACCCUACCCCACCCUGCUCCCUGGAAUUCCACGGUACCAUUUGCAUAUUCUGUGGAGCGGAAACGUCUAGAAUGAUGUCUUAGGAGAUGCUAUGGAGGCAGCUGAGCAGUUGCGAUCCCAAGAUGCCUCCUUGUUUCAUAGAUCAGGCCGCCCUGGAGCAGAGGUGACCUUGUGCAUUCUGGGUUCCCCCAGCACCUUUCUGUCUCUGUUGCUGGAGGGUGGGGUCCAGAGCCCUGGAAACAUGCUCCUUUGCCUGUCCCCUGCAUGGCUGAUGAAGGUGGCAGCUCCAGGCCAAGAGGGUGAGGCGUCCCUGCUGGUCUCCAAGGCCGUGAGCUUCUAUCCAGGGGGCCUGACAUUCCUGGAUGAUUUUGUUCCCCCUCGGCAUGCCACCUACUUCCUGGCAGGCCUGGGGCCAGAAUCUGGCCAUGGCAGGGAGGCGGCAGAGCUGGCUCGGAACCUCACUUGCCCCACAGGAGCCUCAGCGGAGCUGGCACGACUGCUGGAGGACCGGCUGUUGACGAGGUGGUUGCUGUCCCAGCAGACUGGUGUGGCGGUGCCAGCUACCCUGGCUUUCACUUAUAGGCCUCCAGGGCUGCUUCGGGGAGGGGAUGCCAGCCCUGGACUACGGCUGGUGGAGCUGAGUGGGAAGGAGGGCCAGGAAACACUGGUGAAAGAGGAAAUAGAGGCCUUUGUGCACUCCGAGGCCUUGGGUGAAGCAUCACAGGUGGCUGUGAGGCUUAGCGGCUGGCGCUGGCGGGGACAGCAAGCAUUGAGCCUGCACCUGCGGGUGGAGCCGUCUGCAGUGGUGAACACGGUGCUGGCAUUGCUGGAGAAGCUGGAGGAGGAGGAGAGUGUCCUUGUGGAGGCCAUGUGCCCACCUGCCCGCCUGCCCUUGCCAGGCAGUCCCGCACCUGGCCCCGAGCUGGCUGUGCGCAUUUGCGCAGUGGUGUGUCGGAUUCAGGGUGAUAGGCCCCUACUGAGCAAGGUGGUGUGCGGUGUGGGCCGUGGGGACCAGCUCGUGCGGCAUCACAAUACCCUGCCGAGAACACUGGAGGUGGCGCUGGCCCAGUGCGGCCUGGAAGAGGCGGCGCAGGUGGCGCUCCUGGGGCAGCGCAUCAAAGAAGCAGCAGAAGCCGCGCUGGCCGCAGUGCUGGCCCUGGAGGCCGGAUUGAGUGUUGAGCAGCGCGGUGGGCGCCAAGUGCACAUCGACUUCCUCGGCGUGGACUUCGUUCUCACAGUGGCCGGCCGCACGCUGACCCCCGCGGUCCUUAAGCUGAACAGUGGCCUGUGCCUGGAGGCCUGCGGCGCGCUAGAGGGGCUGUGGGCCGCGCCGCGCCUGGGACGCUCGGUGAAGGAGGCGGCGGCAGCACCGCUGGUGGAGACCAUGGUGCGGCGCUCGGGGCGCCACCUGAUGGAAGGAAAGCAACUGCUGGUGAUCGGCGCCGGCGGCGUCAGCAAGAAGUUCGUGUGGGAAGCGGCGCGCGACUACGGACUGAAGCUGCACCUGGUGGAAUCGGACCCUAACCACUUUGCCUCCCAGCUGGUGCAGACCUUCAUCCACUUCGAUGUGACGGAGCACCGGAGAGAUGAGGAGAACGCACAGCAGCUGGCUGAGCUGGUACGGGCACGCAACCUGAAGCUAGAUGGCUGCUUCUCCUUCUGGGACGACUGCUUGGUGCUCACCGCUCUGCUCUGCCGUGAGCUGGGUCUGCCCUGCAGCCCCCCAGCUGCCAUGUGUCUGGCAAAGCAGAAGAGCCGUACCCAGCUACACCUAUUGCGAUGCCCAGGCCCACCCUGGCCUGCGACCUCCCUCCAUGCGGUGGCCUGCUGCCCAUUGGAGAGUGAGGCUGAUGUGGAGAGAGCCAUCGACCAGGUACCCCUGCCAGGUGUGAUGAAACUGGAGUUUGGCUCAGGAGCAGUGGGUGUGCAGCUGGUGAAGGAUGGGCCCCAGUGCCACGAGCACUUUUCCCGGAUCCUCCAUGACUUGCAGGGUGAAGCUGACCACCCAGGCAUCGGGCUGGGCUGGGGCAAUGCCAUGCUGCUGAUGGAAUUUGUCGAGGGUACAGAACACGAUGUGGACCUGGUGGUGUUUGGUGGACGGCUGCUGGCUGCUUUUGUCUCUGAUAAUGGGCCCACAAGGCUGCCUGGCUUCACGGAGACUGCAGCCUGCAUGCCCACUGGGCUAGCACCAGAGCAGGAGGCCCAGCUGGUACAGGCAGCUUUUCGCUGCUGCCUGGGCUGUGGGCUGCUAGAUGGAGUUUUCAAUGUGGAGCUCAAGAUGACUGGGGCCGGGCCAAAGCUCAUCGAGAUCAACCCACGCAUGGGAGGGUUCUACCUUCGAGACUGGAUCCUGGAGAUCUAUGGUGUGGAUUUGCUGCUGGCUUCUGCCAUGGUGGCCUGUGGCCUGCAGCCGGCCCUGCCUGCCCACCCUCGUGCCCGUGGCUACCUGGUGGGCAUCAUGUGCCUGGUGUCCCAGCACAUCGAGAUGCUGAGUUCCCCUAGCAGUCGAGAGACUCUGCAAGCCCUCCAUGACCAGGGUCUAUUGCGACUCAACCUGCUGGAGGAGGCCCUGAUACCUGGCCAGUAUGAGGAGCCUUACUGCAAUGUGGCCUGUGCUGGGUCCAGCCCUGCUGAGGCCCGUCUCCGCCUGCUGGGCAUCUGUCAGGGCUUGGGCAUUGACAGACCCAACUACCCAGUUGCCCAUUUUCUGUCUCAUUUCAAAUAGCAGGGAUGAAGUGCUAGGGGGAGGGGUUGUGAUGCUCUGUUUCCCUGCCCCUCCUUCCAAACCUUGCCCAAACCUAGUUCAGCAUACUCCUCUGCCUCAGGUCUAUUCCAGAGCAGUAGAGCCAUUUUGACAUCAUAGUCUUCUGGACUCAAGGACCAUAAAACAAGUAUCUGGACGUUUCUGGAUCUUCUUGACUUCCCCAAAGCCUCCAUCUAGUCCUAGGUAUCCCCAGAACUCUAGUGUUGUGGAAUAUUAUUUUAGCUAGGCGAAGAUGUGUUACAUUCGUUUAUGCUGUGGAAUAUUACUUUAACUAUGUAAAAGUGAGUUACAUUUGUUUCUGCUGCCUUUGUUAAUGGUGUAAAGAUGUGUUACAUUUGUUUAUGUUGCAUUUGUUUAAUUAUGUAAAGAUGUGUUGUUAUUUUGCCUUGUCUGCCUUGAUUGGUCUAAUAGAAAGCUGAAUGGCCAAUACUUAGGCAGGAGAGGGGUAUGCAGGGCUGGUGGGCAGACAGAAUAAGUACAAGGAAACUUCUAAGCUUGAGAGAGAAGACGAGGGAGAGAAUGAGGGAGAAAGAGAGGGACACACCUGGGGCCAGAAGCCAGGCAACUGCCAGCCAGCCAGACACAAGAAGCAGAGAAAGAAAGAAAGAAAGAAAGAAAGAAAGAAAGAAAGAAAGAAAGAAAGAAAGAAAGAGAGAGAAAGAAAGGUAAAAAGCUAAAAAUCCCUGAGGCAAAACAGAAGAGAAACAGGUUAUAAGAGCUAACAAGAAAGAAGCCUAAACUAUGGCCAAGCUUUCAUAACUAAUAAGAAUUCUCUGUGUCAUAAAAUGAGAGCUAACUGGUGGCCUAAAAGAUAAAGCCUGGGACACUCUAGCCUUUAAGUAGCUAACAAACAGCAGCUUCAUGUCCACACUGUCGUGCCCAGCCCAGAUGGCAGUGGGUCCAAACCCAGGUCCUCCCCACCACCCCUUCAGGUCUGUCUCUUCAUGUCACCUAUAGGAGGAGGGAACCUACGUGGAUCUCUGUCCAUGGUCAAAGCCCACGAAACUUGAGAUUAGCGUUCCUGUCUAAAGUCUAGGAUAGUUGUAAAGCCUGCUGUCCCCGUGUCACGGAUGAGGAAGCCGACUCAGAGAGUCGACUCUGCCUCCAAGGUCCUACCUCAGCGGAUGUACACAGGAUGCACAGACCAGCCUUUUCUGUUUACUGUUUUGCUUUUUGGGUUUUGUUUUGCUUUUGAGACAGUCUUGCUCCGGUAGCUUUGGCGCCUGUCCUGGAGCUGGCCUUGAACUCACAGAUAUCUGCCAGUCUCUGCCCCUGAGUGCUGGGAUUAAAGGCGUGUAGCACCACCACCCUGGCCUGUUUACUAUUUUACACACUCAUUCAGCUUCCAGGUCCUACCCACUCAGAAGCAGCACUCGGGCUCCUGACACCUUCCUCUGAUGAACCCCACACGUUCUCUGCCAGCUCCGCUGCUUUGCCCUCUGGGUACCUAAGUAGCCUGGCUCCAGGACUUCUGUCUGCACCACCUUCUGCAUUCUGGGAAGCUACUCUGAAAGCGCCUGCUUCUGCCCAGCACGGGAAC